AUGUAUGGUGGCUCUUUACUCAGCGGGCUAAUCUUGCUCGCUGAAUUGGCUGCGGCCACCGACUACGGAACCUUUUUGGACCCGGCCAAUAAUGCACGCAUGAAGUUUCGAUACUGGCUCCCGGAUGCUAGUGUGGAUAUUGCGACAGUUCAAAGCGACAUUGAGGCUGCUGGUGCAAUCGGCGCUGGGGCAGUGGAAUUUUUGCCCUUGUAUAACUAUGGAGGAUCCCUUGCAGGGCCACCAGUAGGUGCAGAUUGGGCCAAAUACGGAUUUGGUACACCGGCAUUCAAUGAAAUCUUCAAGGCUUCAUUACAAGCUGCUAAAAAUGCCGGCAUGCGUAUGGACUUUGCGCUUGGGCCGAGCCAGGGUCAAGGUGUUCCUGCAAAGACUACCGAUUAUGGCUUGCAUUGGGACCUUGCACCUUUCAAUGUCAGCAUUCCAGCAAAUGGCUCGUACCAAGACACGAUUCCUGGCUGGGGAACGGGAGAAUUAGUUGCUCUGGUCUCUGCCAGAGUCCUCUCGGUUUCGACAAUAACAAACCCCGCCAGUGUUACUUUCUCUACACCCGCAAAUAAUGCGACUCGCUUCGUUCUUGCUGCAGAUUCACUUCAGCUCCAGACGGACCAAGUGAGUGAGGAUGGCACUGUCUCUUUGUCGUUCAAUAACACCAGACACGAAAACUAUCACUUGUUUGCCUACUACCAGUACCAGGAUCUGGUAAAGAAUUUGGACAUCGAAAACCACACAACUGGAACAAUCUUCGACAAUGGGUCUUACACAGUCGACCAUUAUAGUGCUCGCGGCGCAGAGACGGUAAAGAAAUUCUGGGAGGAUCAUAUUCUCAAUGAUACGACAAUCAAAUCCCUCUUGGGUGAGGUUGGAACAUACGGCUGGGAGGAUAGCAUCGAGAUUAACUCUAACAUCUCCUGGACUCCCUCACUUCCCACAAUGUUUGAAAAGCUACACGGAUAUAAGAUCCACAAGUUCCUGCCAGUGCUCAUGUAUGGAAAUAACAACCCUGGUGUCCAGCCGUCCUACCCGGGAGAUUUGGAGUGUGUUCUUGACAGUGAAGAUAAAGGUGCAGGCUACGAGAACGAUUUCCGGGCAGCUUUGGCUGAAGGUUAUGGGGAUUAA